AAAAAAAAAAAAAAAAAAAACAAAAAAAAAAAAAAAAAAAAAACAACCCAACCCAACCCUAUCUGGCAAAAAGCCUCUAGAUCUAUUUAGUGUAGACGAUAAUUUGACCAAAUACGGUAAAGGAAAUUAUCUGAGCUCUUUGCUUCCGCCUGGGAGCGGCUGUCGGUUUGUUUGGGCGUGGACAGUGUCAGAAGCUGCAAAACAACGGACACGUUUUCUCUUGAUUAUCCGGGCGGCGAGGAAGUGCUUACAUUCAUCUGCUGUUUCCCAGCAAACAUUGGUGGUGUGUGAAAAUGAGUACUAUUGCUGAAUUCAUUGAUGGUGCGAACUUUGAGGAAGCUGUGAAGUCGGUCCGUGAUGACAGCACCGAUGACAAGUAUCUCGUAGUGGGCCAUGUUGAAAAUGACCCAAAUCGCGUCAGUGUGUUGAAAGUGGGCCAGGAUUUAGAGGAACUGGGAGAACAGAUGGAUGAUACUCAAGUGAUGUACGCCCUCGCCAGAUAUGAAAGCAUAUUUGACAUGUCAAAAACAAUCAAAUUUGUCUACUUCCGAUGGAUUGGCGACCAGGUUCCAUUUGUGAAGAAGGGUCGUUACGGCGUUGUAUCAAGCAGUAUAGAGCAGCACUUCAACCCAUACCACUUGUUUGUGGAGACGAGUGCUCGUGAAGACUUCCACCCAGAGAAAAUUAUACAGCAGCUUGAAGAGACAUCAGGAAAGAAAUCUAAAGUCAUCGAAGAUGUUCAGGGGAGACAGCAGCGUGGCUUCACUGCAUCACAGUUACCCAAACGAGGGCCCAUGUCAAAAUCAGGAUUCUCGCUAGCAACGGAAGGUGCCAAAAUCGAAAUCACCGAGGAAGUUUACAACACGAUCGCCGCUGUGAAGAACAACGAUGACACCACCAGCUGGAUGUUGUCAAGUUACUUCAACUGCGAUCCGAGCGGUCCAAUAGAGUUUGAGAAGAGUGGGGAGGGAGACGUCAAGGAAUUGAAGCAGUGUUUACGAGACGAUGCCGUUAUGUAUGGGCUGUACCGCGUCACCGAUACGGUAGAUGACAUCGUCACCGUCAAGUUUGUCUACAUUGUGUGGGUUGGCACGUCAGUGAAACCAAUGACAAAGGCCAAGAUUUCAACUCACAAAGGAACGAUGGAACAGCUGUAUGGUCCAGCUCACGUGACUUUGUUUGCAUCAGACCAGUCUGAUAUUACAGAGAAAAUCAUCAUGGAAAAGGUGACAUCAGCAUCAGGAACGAGAUCCCAUGUUAGGUAAGAGGAAGUGGGUCACCUUUAGGUUGUCAUGGCUACAUCAGAGUACAAGUCAAAUGAAAAGACAUUCACGAAAAAACCUUGGAAAAUUACCGUGGCUAUUGUUUACACUGUUAAUUCUGAUUAUUACAUAUAGUAUGAAGAUAUUGUGUAGUGUAUCUUUAUGUGUAUGUGAAAAGGAAAUUGUUGUGAUGUGAAAAAGGGGCCAUUAGUUGUUUUUAUGUUAUAUACCGUACUCAACGAAAUUAGUUUAGCAUAAAAUGGUUGAAUCUUUGAUAAAGAACGGAUAUGCAUGUCUUGUGCAGGUUUUUUAAUGUUGUUUUAACAUAUUGUUAUUUAAAAUGUAUUUGGAGUAAAUUAAUACAGGCUUUUUACCAGAGGGUACAUGGAGUAAAAUUAUGUACUCUAAAAUGUAGGAAAUUAAUGAAUAUAUUUUUUUUAAUUUUCAGAUAAAUGAUAGUAACAGAACUGCUGUUUAAAAUUUGUCAAAGUGCAUGAAAUGCAAUGGUUAAUUUCAAAACAUUACAAACGCAUAACCAUCUAUCAAGGGCACUUACGGUCUGCUUUGUUUUUAGUAUGUACCCUCAAAUUAAUUUCUGACAGAAAGCCUGUAAUAAAUGAAUAUUUUUAUUCGAAUGCAAGUGUUGUAACAUUUGCUAACUUUUUUGUUUGAUAUAUUUAAAGGGGACCAGUGUUAUAAACUGAAAUAAUGGAAGCUUCCAUUGGCAUCAAGCUUUAAAUUUAAAUACAUAUAUAUGCCUUGUUAUACUGAAAUUGUGAUAAAUACAUUUUUUAUUAUUAUUUUAUUUUUGUCUUUUAAAAAGCAAAUAUCUCAUCCUUGGAGAUGAAAAUUCCAAAUAUGUCACUCAUUAAACAGUGUUGAUUUUGUUUUUCAGUUUCAAAUACACUGUCCUCAGUUGGCAGCCAUUGUAAUUGUAAGAUGCUUUUGGCUAAGUAAACCUUUUUAACACUUAAAAUUAGGCUUUAAAUACAUUUUCUUGUUUAGAAUACCACUUUCAGUGUCUGUAUAUUCAAUGUGUUGUCCCAGUGUUUGUGGUAGCAAAAACUUUAUUUGACUUCCAAAUAUAUUUUCCAUAUGUACAAAAUAAUUGGUAGGUAAAAUUUAGUCUUGGCUCCUAGAAACAUCAGGCGAUCAUAAACAUCUUGAAUAAACAGAUGCUGGUAUUCUAAAGAAGAAAAUGUAUUUCAGGUGUAAUUUAGUUAUUAAAAAUGCUCAGUUAAUCAGAAAUGUGUCACAAUAGCAGCUAACUCAGGACAAUUUUGGUGAUAAUUUUGUCCGAGGAAAACCAUGAUAUUCAUGCAGUUUUUAUGUAAAUAAAGGAGAGGGAACUCAUAAUAAAAUGCAUUUAAAGUUCCCCGUAGACCUUUUUUUGCUUUAUUAGUAUUGAACUAGAAUCAAUACACCAUACAUCACAAUGUGUGGCACAUAUAUCUAUACACAAGCCUGUGCCCCACUUGAUGACAACAAUAUAUACAUGUGUAUGUGGAUGUUUUUUUGUCCUAUAUAAAUAAAGACAAAAAUAUA